AUGAGAUUGAAUCGAUUUAGUACUGAGAUUCAUCGAAGAAUUCUCCAUCAGCCGCUUUUCCCGGAUGCUUCUACUCCACCACCGGAUUUCGAAUCGACACCGUCUCCUCCUAUACCUCCGGACACUCCCGAUCAACCAUUUUUUCCGGAGAAUCCGUCUACGCCUGACCAGAGUCAGUAUCCUCCUCCUCCUCCACCUCUUGCUUCCUCUGACGUCAAUGGCGGAUUGCCGAUUCCAACGGCUACUACUCAACCGGCGAAACCUGGGAAAAAAGUUGCGAUCGUCAUUUCUGUUGGAAUUGUCACGCUAGGUAUGCUUUCAGCUCUAGCUUUCUUCCUGUAUCGGCAUAAAGCAAAGCACGCAAGCGAUACUCAGAAGCUCGUUACUGGAGGAGGUGAUGGCGGUUCCCGAAGAUUCCAGGAAGAUCCAAGACCACCGACAUCGUCUACAUUUCUCUAUAUGGGGACCGUUGAACCGAGCCGUGAAUCGGCGAGCGAGUCUAAUGGCGGAAGUAGUGUACCGAUCAAUUCAUCUCCGUACCGGAAAUUGAAUUCGGCUAAGAGAUCGGAUCGCUACCGGCCGAGUCCGGAGCUACAACCGCUUCCACCGUUAGCUAAGCCGCAACCGUCUGACAACUCUCCGUCGGCUUUGUCUCCUUCUUCAUCUUCUUCCGGCGAAGAAUGCCGCGACGCAGCGUUUUACACGCCGCACGGAUCUGCUAUUAGUAGCGAUGACGGUUACUACACGACGUUUCCUCGGUCCGCCAACAGCAAUGGCCAUUCCUCUGGAUUAAUUCCCCACUCGAAGAGAACUUCUCCGAAGUCGAAGUUUGGUUCAUCUGGAACGGCAGCAUCUCGAUCGCCGGAGAUGAAACACGUCAUCAUUCCGUCGAUAAAGCAGAAAAUGUCGCCAGUACAACCUCCACCACUGAUGGGCUUGGAAAGUGAUGACCAAGAGCUUCCUUAUUCACAGAACAAGCCCAAGUUCUCCCAGCCUCCUCCGCCACCGAAUAGGGCGGCGUUUCAGGCGAUUACGCAGGAUAAGUCUCCUCUCAGCUCAGGAGUUCCUCCACGGCGGUCUCCUCCUCCACUCCAUACGCCACCUCCACCACCUCCACUCCAUACGCCACCUCCACCUCCACCUCCUUGUCCUCCUCCCCCUCCUCAGAUACGGCCGAGAGAUUUUCAGAUACCACCACGAAAACUCGGCAAUUCCGAAGCAACCAAUCCGACUAAGUCAGACGAUCCUUCAAGAAAACAAGCAGUGGAGACUCCAAGUCCUAAAUCGAAAGCUAAGGAAGAGGUCAAUAGUAAAUCAGCGGGUUCUCUUGAGAAAACAGGAGACGGGGACACGGAUCCAAGCAGGCCAAAGUUAAAGCCACUCCACUGGGACAAAGUACGCGCGAGCUCUGAUCGAGCCACCGUUUGGGACCAGCUCAAAUCAAGCUCAUUCCAAGUGAACGAGGAUAGAAUGGAGCAUCUGUUCGGUUUCAAUUCGGGAAGUUCAGCUCCAAAGGAACCUGUGAGAAGGUCAAUGAUGCCUCCUGCUGAGAGUGAGAACAGAGUGCUUGAUCCAAAGAAAGCGCAGAACAUUGCAAUCCUCUUAAGAGCACUGAAUGUAACGCGUGAAGAGGUGUCAGAAGCUCUUUUGGAUGGUAAUCCAGAGAGCUUAGGUGCAGAGCUUCUAGAGACUUUGGUGAAGAUGGCUCCAACAAAAGAGGAAGAGAUAAAGCUCCGAGAGUACUCUGGUGACGUCUCGAAACUAGGAACAGCUGAAAGAUUCCUCAAAACCAUACUCGAUAUCCCUUUCGCAUUCAAAAGAGUUGAAGCAAUGUUGUAUAGAGCCAACUUUGAUGCAGAAGUCAAGUAUCUAAGGAACUCUUUCCAGACACUAGAGGAAGCAAGCUUAGAACUAAAAGCAAGCAGGCUAUUCCUUAAGCUCCUCGAGGCUGUUCUAAUGACAGGAAACCGAAUGAACGUUGGCACUAAUCGCGGAGAUGCCAAAGCCUUUAAACUCGAUACACUUUUAAAACUUGUAGACAUAAAAGGAGUUGAUGGCAAAACCACAUUGCUUCACUUUGUCGUCCAAGAAAUCACAAAAUCCGAGGUAACAACAACAACAGUAGAUGAAACCAUCCUCAAAGACGGCUUCAGAAAGCAAGGACUACAAGUCGUGGCUGGACUCAGUAGAGAUCUCUGCAACGUGAAAAAAUCAGCCGGAAUGGAUUCCGAUGUACUGAGUGGUUACGUGACAAAGCUCGAAACGGGUCUUGAUAAACUCCGUUCUUUUCUCAAGACAGAGACGACAACAACUCCUCAAGGGAAGUUCUUUGAUUCAAUGAAAACGUUUCUGAAAGAGGCAGAAGAAGAUAUUCGAAAAAUCAAAGGAGGAGAAAGAAAAGCUCUGUCAAUGGUUAAAGAAGUAACAGAGUAUUUCCAUGGAGACGCUGCGAAAGAAGAAGCACAUCCUUUGAGAAUCUUCAUGGUCGUAAGAGAUUUUCUCGGAGUUCUCGAUAACGUUUGUAAAGAAGUGAAGACGAUGCAAGAGCUGUCUUCAUCGAUGGGUUCGGCUUCAGCUAGAUCGUUCAGGAUUUCAGCAACGGCUUCGUUACCGGUUCUUCAUAGGUAUAAAACAAGACAAGGAGAUACAAGCUCAGAUGAUGAACAAAGCAGCAACUCUUCUACGUGA